AUGUUGCCACAAGUCAUCAAUAGCACAUCUUCUCAGUCCUUUGGUCAGUUUUCAGGGCUAUCUCAACUAGAGAUUCCUGAGCAGCCUAGCAAAGCAAAAAGCAAAAAAAAGGCGAAAAAAGGAAACGACUUUUCUAUAAGGUAUAAAACUGAGAUCUGCAAGAACUGGGAGAAUGGUUUUUGCGAGUUUGGAGAAAAAUGUAUUAUGUAAUUAAUUAAUUUUGCAUUAUUUUCCUUAAAAAAUACCUCUUUUAUCCCUUAAUUAUUGAAAAAAAAAAUUAUUAAAGUCUUUAUUAAUUUAUAUACUUUCGCCCAUGGCGAAGAUGAACUUAGGUCUAAAGAGGGUCUCCCUUGCAAACAAACUAAGACAUGCAAGCAAUACUUUGAGUUCGGCUACUGCCUCAUGGGCUCAAAAUGUCCUGCUCUGCAUGCUGAAGACUCUCAAAAAACCGCUUCAAGCUCUCCAUCUAACAGUACAGUAGCUAGCAGAAAAACGUCUAUAGACAGCACAUAUCAAGACCAGCCAAUAAUUAUUGACCUCGAAGCGAGAGGAUUGUAUAUAUAA